AUGGCGCUCGCAGGAUCUAGGACGUCAUUAUCCAGCGCAUUGCCAAAGCCCAAAUACACGGGCGAAGAUGAACAGGCGCCAACACAUGCCCAGCAGAAAGGUCCACGAGUUAUAGACGCCCGCGAACUCGAGUCGUCACAACUAGUGGUGAAGCGCUCUGGUCCACCGCCGUACGGCCAGCGCGCAGGAUGGCGACCGCGAAGUGCGGAAGACUUCGGCGAUGGAGGCGCUUUCCCAGAAGUGCCCAUGGCACAGUACCCGCUGGACAUGGGUCGCAAAGGCCAGCCUUCUUCUUCCAACGCCCUCGCAUUGCAGGUGGACAACGAGGGCAAGGUCAAAUACGAUGCGAUUGCGCGGAGAGGGCAUAGCGAGAACCGAAUCGUCCAUGCGAGCUUCAAAGACCUUAUCCCACUACGGCAGCGGGCAGACGUAGGAGAGAUCAGUCUGGAAAAGCCGAGUGAGGAAGAAGUACAGGCAAGCAAAGAGCGGACACAAUUGGCACUGCAGACUUUGGUGAGCGGGACUUUGGCAGCGCAGAAGCCUAAGAAUGUCAAGGGAACUUCGAGAGCAGAGCCUACGUACGUGCGGUACACGCCUGCCAACCAGAUGGGCGACAAUAGCAAGAAGCAGGAUCGCGUGAUAAAGAUCGUGCCGAGGCAACAAGAUCCUAUGGAACCCCCGAAGCACAAAGUCAAGAAGGUGCCGCGUGGCCCGCCAUCGCCUCCACCGCCAGUCAUGCAUUCUCCGCCUCGGAAACUAACUGCUGAAGAUCAAGAAGCCUGGAAGAUUCCGCCUCCUGUCUCGAAUUGGAAGAAUCCCAAGGGAUACACUGUACCUCUUGACAAACGGCUGGCAGCAGAUGGACGUGGACUGCAGGAUGUUACCAUCAACGACAAGUUUGCACAAUUUGCUGAAGCUCUUCACACCGCGGAUCAGCACGCAAGAGAGGAGGUAUCGCAGAGGCAAAAGAUGCAGCAGCGUCUGGCAGAGAAGGAGAAGGAGCAGAAGGAAGAGCAUCUGCGUCUGCUCGCAAUGAAGGCGCGAGAGGACAAAGGGAGAGCCAUGGCGCAGCGAAGAGGAUCAGACAGAGCACGCUCACGCAGCCGAUCUGUGGACAGUCGCUCAUCAUACUCGUAUUCGUCGCGCUCGCGCAGUCGAACACCGCCUGGUCGCGGUCGAGAAGACGCUGACUUGCGAGAACGUGAAAGGCAACGGCGCGAGCGCAAGGAGGACGAGCGGAGAAAGCUGCGGCAGGGCAACAUGGGUCAUGAGCGCAGGGUGCAGCAGAUGGCAAGAGAGCAGAACCGUGACGUGAGUGAGAAGGUUGCGCUGGGCCUUGCGAAGCCCACACAGUCCAAGGAAGCCAUGUACGACUCUCGCCUCUUCAAUCAAAGCUCUGGGUUCGCCGCCGGCUUCAAUGAAGAUCAGGCGUAUGACAAGCCGCUCUUUGCAGAACGAGACGCCCUCAAUUCGAUCUACCGGCCUUCAGUCGGUGACGACGACGAAGAGGACGGUGGUGAGACGUUGGAGUCGAUUCAGGGGACGAAGAGGUUCGAGACUCUCGGCCGAGCGCCAAAGGAGGGCUUCAGAGGAACGGAGACUGCUGAGGCGCGUAGCGGUCCGGUUCAGUUCGAACGUGAACGUAAAGACGAUCCGUUUGGAGUAGAGGCCAUGAUUGACCAGGCGCAGCGUGCGGCGAACAAGAGAAGCGCGGAAGACGACGGCGGUGGUAAAGGCAAGAAGGCGAGAGUCGAUGAUGAAUAG